GCAGCGCCGAUCCGGAGGGAGCCGGUCAGGGAAGCUCCUCCCCGAAGCGGCCGGGAGAGCCGCGCAGCCGGAACCGGAGACGCUCCCGGGCCGGACCGCGCAGCAAGCAGCCAAGCGCCGCUCCGCCAGCCUCGCCCGCAGCCCGACUGUUGCUCCAGGAAGUGACCAUGGCUAGCCUACAUGAGCAGCGAUUUACAGAGGAGAAGCCUCUGCUCCGUGGACAAGAUGCUGAGAUGGAGAAUUCAGACACUUUCCUGCCCGCAGUGGACACUGACUGGAAGGAGCAUGACAUCGAGACACCCUACGGACUGCUGCAUGUCGUCCUUCGGGGAUCCGCCAGAGGGAACCGCCCAGCCCUCCUGACAUACCAUGAUGUGGGGCUCAAUCACAAGCUCUGUUUCAACACUCUCUUCAAUUCUGAGGAAAUGCAAGAGAUCACGAAGCACUUUGUGGUGUGCCAUGUGGAUGCGCCUGGGCAGCAGUCUGGGGCCUCCCAGUUUCCCCAGGGGUAUCAGUACCCAUCCAUGGACCAGUUAGCUGCCAUGUUGCCCAGUGUGGUCCAACAUUUUGGGUUCAAGUAUGUGAUUGGAAUUGGAGUUGGAGCAGGUGCCUAUGUUCUUGCCAAAUUUGCCCUGAUCUUCCCAGAUCUGGUGGAAGGCCUCGUUCUGAUCAAUGUUGACCCAAAUGGCAAAGGCUGGAUUGACUGGGCUGCCAGCAAGCUCUCUGGCCUGACCAGCACAUUAUCUGACAUGGUGCUGUCUCAUCUGUUCAGCCAGGAGGAGUUGGCCAAUAACAUGGAGCUAGUGCAGAGCUAUCGCCAGCAAAUUGCCAGCACGGUGAACCAGUUCAAUCUGCAGCUCUUCUGGAGUAUGUACAACAGCCGCAGAGAUCUGGAGAUGAACCGCCCUGGCAGUGCACCCAAUGCCAAGACGCUCCGCUGCCCGGUGAUGCUUGUAGUAGGCGACAACGCCCCUGCAGAAGAUGGUGUGGUUGAAUGCAACUCCAAGCUGGAUCCAACCACCACCACAUUCCUGAAGAUGGCUGAUUCCGGAGGGCUUCCCCAAGUGACUCAGCCUGGGAAACUGACCGAGGCAUUCAAGUACUUCCUGCAAGGAAUGGGCUACGUGGCAUACCUGAAGGACCGGCGGCUGAGUGGAGGAUCAGUGCCCUCGGCCAGCAUGACGCGCCUGGCCCGCUCACGCACAGCCUCCCUCACCAGCGCCAGUUCGGUGGAUGGCAGCCGUCCCAGAGCCUGCACCCAUUCCGAAAGCAGCGAAGCUAUGGGCCAGAUCAACCACACCAUGGAGGUGUCCUGCUGAGAGUUCCUGAUGCCUUCCCUUGGCCACCACCUUUGUUCAGGCAGCUGUGGCCAUCCACCAUCGCAUCAUUCGCCAGCCGCUGUUUUUGCCGCUUCUCGUGGCUUCCGUUUCCUUGUCUGCCCAUCUCUCCCAAUGCCAUUACAGAUACAAAGUUGAAGGAGGAAGCAGCAGCUUCCUAUCCAAGGCUGCCUUCCUGUUUGUUAGAGAUGUCAUUUUAGGGUAGCCGUGUUCCCUUGCUCCAAUCCGUCCUUCACAAGCAGCCCUGUUGGUUCCUGUAGCAUCAGAACUAGCCCGUUUCCCCCAGAGCCUGGAGGCAAGCAGGGCACAGCUUGGGAUUGACCAGCUUGAGGUUAGAGCUUCUCUGCUUGGUGUGCCCAGCAUUUCCCCAGCAAGUCUCAGCUCCUGGCCAUUGGUGGGGGCAGAAAAUGGCAGCAUUCAAGGCUAGUCUAGUCUUGUGCUUGGAAGUUGAUCUGUAACUCAAAUGCUGAGCCAGCUGCAGCUCCGGCAGAUGCUUGGGCUGCAGUUGAACUGCUAAGUGGGCCAGGCACAAGGCUUGCAAGCUGUAGGGUCUUGUGUGGAAAGUUCCUUUGUCCUCGACUGCCUGGGUAUCAGAGUGGCAGCCCCAGCAGGCAGCCCCUGAUGGAGGCCUUCCUUGAGGGGCUCACAGUGGGAGCAGCAGGAGCCUCCGGUCACAGGGAAGGGAAGAUCUGAAGCUGCUUGAUCUUCCUCAACAGCCCGGCUCCCACUAGGGGACAGUGUGGUGCCGAUCCGCCCUCCCCAACCCCCCAGCGGGGGGGGGGGCAGGAGUGCUGGCUGGGGUGGGUCAGCAGCAUUUGCAACUCCACAAAGGCGCUUAGCUGAGAGCAGGUGGACGUCGGAGCAGCACAGCUAUGCAGGCAGGAACCUCCCCUUAGGAGGCUAGGAAAUGGGCCUCAGGGGAUAAAGGCAGGAGCCCCAGACAGGAAAGUCGGAAGCUGUUUCUCAUUCAAAGCGGCUGCUAGUCAGGCCGAUCCCCCAGCCAAGGCCCCGCUUGUUGUCCCACGGGGGGGGGGAUAAAGAGGAGGAGGACUCGGCCCCUUCCGGGGGGACUGCCUGGUUCAUUUUGCGUGGAGCAGGGAGUCCCCGUGGAGAGCCUAGCUGGGCAGCCCCCUCGAGACCCGGGCACCCAACUCUCCGCUCCCCUCCGGCCUCUGGUUUAGAGGCAUCCGGGCUCCGGCCUGGAACUGGCGGCCCCGAGCAGCUUCCCGGGACCGGAGAGCCGCCCCUUCCCGUUGGUGGACGGGGCUGCUGUCCGGGCAAGGCCUGUGGGGGGGGGGGUGGGGGUCUCUCCCGGGGCACGACGAGUCUCCCGCAUUGCCAGAACCGGCGUCGAGCCCCUCGGCGGGGCCGCGUCACCGUGAUCGCGAGCAUCUUCCUUUGCCUCGUUCCGGCUCCGGGGCGGAAACCGGCCGAAUUGUCAUGUUUUGCAGCGCAUUGUAGACUUGGAACACAUUAAACAACCGCAUCUUUAUUUCA